UCGGUUAGCCCUACUCCCUUCGCCAUUGCAGACUCCCUCUCACGCCGCCGCCGCCUCGCCGCUUUCCUCUCUCUCCACCGCCACCGCCACCGCCACCGCCGGCGCGUACUCGAGCAACGUUGAGGCAGGAGUUGGGAUAGGUAUCUGAGUUGAGGUGAAGGACGGGAGCGAUGGCGGAGGCGGCGCCGAUUGGCCUGUCGUGGGCGCCCAAGCUGCCCUCCCUGCCGACGACCAGCGGCGGGAAGAAGGACACGGGAGCCAGCUCUAGCAGAGCGCAGGGGUCGCUCUGGAAGCCCGCGAGCGAGCUCGUCGACGGGCUCUUCGUGCCACCGAGGGACCCGAGGAAGGCCAACAAGCUGGCCAGGAAGAACGUCAAGGACACCUCCGGCAAGGGCUGGUUCGACAUGCCGGCUCCCACCAUCACUCCUGAGUUGAAGAAAGAUCUUGAGAUUUUGCAGCUGAGACAUGUAAUGGACCCAAAAAGACACUUCAAGAGGGCAGGAAAAUCCAAGGCCCUUCCGAAAUACUUCCAAGUUGGUACAGUUAUUGAGCCUGCAUCUGAGUUCUUCUCAAGUAGGCUGACAAAGAGGGAGCGCAAAACAACAUUGGUUGAUGAGCUCUUAUCUGAUCAACAUCUUAAGAACUACAGGAUGCGCAAAGUAAGGGAAAUUCAGGAGAGCCGCACUCCAGGAGGCAGCCAGAAGUGGAGGAACAAGGGCAAGAAAACACUCAAAAGAGCCAAGGAUAGGCGGAAAUGAGUUUUUACUGCUGCUACUCUCACUCAGUUUACCAUGAGGAAGAGAUGACUGAUUAUUGGGAGCUAAAGGUUGAGACAACCUUCAAAUUGCGACAAAAUUAGAUUGUGAUACCAUUGUAAUGUGGGAAAUUCAUGCAAUAUGAUGGAUGCAUUAGCUGGUGGAGCUGAGCUAGAUUGUCGGUUGCUGUAUCUCCCUCUUUUCAUUUAUGAGCCCACUGUUUCAGGUAUGCUGUACCUGGAUUUCAGAGUAAAAGUACCAAUGUAUUGCUUGGUCUGUGAGUGUGCCGUGUCUCCUGGAGUCCUGAUCAUAUGCAGCACAGCUGUUAUACAAAUGUACUCCGUACGUUUCUUUCUCUGUGUAGAA